GCAAAAACGCCCUCCAAAUUUGGCACAAACAAUCCAAUUUCACUGUAAAAAAAUGGCGAUCAUUGUCACAUUCCACCCUCACUUAUUGCCCACCCCCAAUCGAACAUUUUUUUUCAUAUUUUUCAUCAGCACUUUCUAGGGUUUCCCCCAAUCUUAUUUUUAUUUCCUUUUCGGUGCCCUAGAAAUUGCAUCUAAUGCUUUUUUCUUUUCCUUCUACAUUCAUAAUUGCUUUCUUUUUCUAGAUUGGACGUAAUUCAAUAUUAGUGAAUCACAGGCUUCAUGUUCGCCUCAGGUAAUUCAAUAUUAGUGAAUCACAAGCUUCAUGUUCACCUCAUGUCUCGUACCCAUUCAUAAAUUGCCUGCCCUCUCAGCCAAAUGGGAUUGAAACUUUCAAAGCAGGGGUCAAGGAGGGUUGAAGAUCUAAGUUUACAUAAUCAUCUGAUUAAUUGUCUCAGCAAAAGUCUUUAUGUCCGUAACUUGGUAUCUAAGCAGCGAAGGCGUAUGCUCGUAGCUGGUUAUGAUCUUGACAUGUCAUUUAUCACAGAUCGGGUUCUGGCAAUGUCAUUUCCUGCAGAACAAAUGCGAGCAGUGUAUCGUAAUCCUCUCUGGCAGGUCCAGUCCGUGCUUGACAUGAGACAUCAGGGGCACUAUAAGAUCUACAAUCUCUGUAUAGAAGAAUCUUAUGAUCCCUCACAUUUUCAUGGCCGUGUGGAGGCAUAUCCUUUUGAUGACAACCAUGUUCCACCUCUCCAAAUGGUUAAGACUUUCUGUGAAAGUGUACAUUCAUGGCUAUCAAGUGACCCAGAAAAUAUUGCUGUCAUACAUUGCAUGUUUUUGCAGGCAGGCAAAGGUCGAACAGGCUUAAUGGUAUGCGCCUAUCUUGUUUACAUUGGCAUGUCGGCAGAUGAGGCUCUUCAGUUAUAUGCAGACAGACGGACCACCAAUAAUGAAGGAGUUUCAAUACCUAGCCAACGCCGUUAUGUGGGAUACUGGGAAAGUAUAGUUUCUUUUCCUAGGGGAAUUGAUAAUGAACCGCCAGAUGUAAAUUUGCCUCAACCAUGUAGCAGAGAAUUGCGGCGAAUCCGACUACAUGACAUGGUUAACAUUGACAGAAUCUUCUUUGUGGUCUCAGAAUUGCAAGAGAAACCCAACCAGAUGUAUCGUCCGUCUGUGGAAGUUACGCGGAAUUGUUGCAGACCAAUUAAGAAGGGUUACCAAAGAGCAAACAGUCCUCGGUACUAUAUCUCUUUCACCAACGGUGAUAAGGAGGACAAACCACAGUCAGAAGAAGAACAUGUUGUAGUCCAAAUGGACACAGAAAGUCCCAUAAUCUACCAGAAGAGCUGUCUCGAUCAUUAUUUUGAUAAACCUUUACAAGUUACUGGAGAUGUGCGCAUUAUAUUCUACCAAAAAAUGUUUGGAGGGCGUCUCUUCUAUUGUUGCUUCAAUACAGCUUUUAUUAGGAACAGCUUGAUACAGCUCAAAGUGAGAGAGAUGGAUAAAGUUGGGAAAAAGGGAAGAUCAAUAUGUGGCCCUAAUUUCUGCUUGGAGUUGCUAUUUGGUCCUGCUAAUGCAAAGCAGUCAUCACGGACUACAUCUGGGGAUGAUGUUGAAAGUGAUAACUAGUGGUGAAUUUCUUUAUUUAUUUUUAUACAGUGGUUCUGAAUUUAGAGAAUCACAAGAUUGGAAUUUGAAAUUUAUACACACAUAUUCUCCCUCACUGUAAUUUGUAAAAUACUGUCCCAGAAUGGGCCAUUAAUGGGCCAUUUUGCUAAAUCCCUCAAAUACUACUACAACACUAGUACUGUAUACCGCCAUA